AGAGCUGCUGCGCUGUCUGGCGGCUUUGCUCAGCUCGGUCAUUUCGUUUUGUAGCCACAACUGUCACGCACAUAUACACAAAAACAUGGCACAGAAGGCCGUGUGUGUUCUCAAAGGGACCGGAGAGGUGACUGGCACGGUUUACUUCGAGCAGCAGGAUGGAAGUGCUCCAGUAAAGGUUACAGGAGAGAUCACUGGCCUCACCCCUGGCCUGCAUGGAUUUCAUGUCCAUGCUUUUGGAGACAACACGAACGGUUGCAUAAGUGCAGGACCACACUAUAACCCCCACAACAAAACCCACGGUGGACCUAAUGAUGAAAUCAGGCAUGUUGGAGAUCUGGGUAAUGUGACUGCUGGGAGUGACGGUGUUGCCAAAAUAAACAUUGAGGAUAAAGUUCUGUCACUGAGUGGGCCGUACUCGAUCAUUGGGAGGACCAUGGUGAUUCAUGAGAAGGAGGAUGACUUGGGUAAAGGAGGCGAUGAAGAAAGUCUCAAAACUGGUAAUGCUGGUGGUCGCCUGGCCUGUGGUGUUAUAGGCAUCACUCAGUGAAGCAGGCUCCACCACCAACUGCCCCAUUUUAGCACUGGAACAACUCGGAGCGCUCAGUGACCAACGCAGCUGCCCUGUCUACCACUUAACCUGUUGAAGUCUAAAAGUUUAUUUUUUACAGAAUUUAGAAAAAUGAAUAGCGUACCCAUGCCUUAGCUGUCUGUAUCUUGUUUCCUGCAGCGCACUUACACCUGGCAAUCAGUUGAUUUGUUUCCUUGGCAAAAUUAUAAGUCUGUGACAGUGAAAUAUUGUUUAUUUUCACUGAAUUCCCACUUGUCCAAUAAACAUUUGCUGGAUACCA